CCCACUUCCACUCUCCGCCGGUGCUGACUUCUCCUCCCUACUUAAUUCUUAACUAACCGUCUUCUUCCUCUGAUCCUUUCUCUUCUCUCUCUCUUCAAUCUAAAAGCUCAUUUUAUUCAAUCUAAUCUUUCUUUCCUCCCAAUACCUCACUCACAUUCUCACUUUCAACCACCCAUCACAAUGUCUUCUUCCCUCGAGCAGCUCAAGGCCUCCGGCACCGUUGUCGUCUGCGACUCCGGUGACUUCGCCACCAUUGGCAAGUACAAGCCCCAGGAUGCCACCACGAACCCCUCCCUCAUCCUGGCUGCCUCCAAGAAGCCCGAGUACGCCUCCCUGAUCGACAAGGCCGUCGAGCAGGGCAAGAAGGAGGGUAAGACCGUCGAUGAGCAGGUCGACGCCACCCUCGACAACCUCCUCGUCGAGUUCGGCAAGGAGAUCCUUAAGAUCAUCCCCGGCAAGGUCUCCACUGAGGUCGAUGCCCGUUUCUCUUUCGACAAGCAGGCCUCCAUUGACAAGGCUCUGCACCUCAUCAAGCUCUACGAGAAGCAGGGUAUCUCUAAGGACCGCAUCCUGAUCAAGAUCGCCUCCACCUGGGAGGGUAUCAAGGCCGCCGAGGAGCUCCAGUCCAAGCACGGCGUCAACACCAACCUGACCCUCAUGUUCUCCGAGGUCCAGGCCAUCGCUGCCGCUGAGGCCGGUGCCUACCUCAUCUCUCCCUUCGUCGGUCGUAUCCUCGACUGGUACAAGGCCGCCCACAAGCGCGACUACACCGCCCAGGAGGACCCCGGUGUCAAGUCCGUUCAGCAGAUCUUCAACUACUACAAGAAGUUCGGCUACAAGACCAUCGUCAUGGGUGCCUCUUUCCGUAACACCGGUGAGAUCACCGAGCUGGCUGGCUGCGACUACCUGACCAUCUCCCCCAACCUCCUUGAGGACCUCUACAACUCCAACGAGCCCGUCCCCAAGAAGCUCGACGCCGCCGAUGCCGGCAAGCUCGACCUCCCCAAGCGCUCUUACAUUAACGACGAGGCUCUGUUCCGCUUCGAAUUCAACGAGGAGGCCAUGGCCGUCGAGAAGCUCCGUGAGGGUAUCUCCAAGUUCGCCGCCGACGCCGUCACCCUCAAGGACAUCCUCAAGCAGAAGAUCCAGGCAUAAAUUGCUUUCUCUGCGUUUCCCUUUUCUAACCCAAAUUGAAUGUGUGUUCUGUGCGCGCAUAUCAAAACUUCUCUGUGAUGACCCAUAUAUUAUUCCCACUUGUGUAAAAAAAAUUUGAUGAUCAUGAAAAUUUGAUGAGUUCGAAACAGUUUUGGCUUUGGGCUGGUAGAUACGAAUUGAUGAUUGUUUAUUUUUCAUUGGUUUCCUUUGUUCGACUUCGAUAACUACUAUUGGGAUCUGUAGCCGUGCAGGGGUCCUUGGUGGGGUCACUGGAACUGUACGGGAGAUGUUGUUUACUUAGAUUCAAUAUGACAGCUGCAGCAUGCAU